AUGCCAUCAAUCAAUACACUCGUUUCGUUCUUGAGUGCUGUCACUGCAGCGGCCGCCUGGAAAUCGCAAGGAUGCUAUAGCUCGACAGGCUCACUCGAGAGCCAGGGCACGUAUAUCUACCAGUCAGCGGGAUACUGUGCGGAUCAAUGUAAAGCUAGUGCUGCUAUGGCACUUACUGGUGGGGACGAAUGCUUUUGUGGCAACGAGUUGCCUCCUGCGAGCAGCAAAGUCGAGGACUCGCGAUGCGACACGACGUGUUUUGGAUACCCCGCGGAUAUAUGCGGUGGUGAUGGCCUUUUCUCUGCAUACACGCUCACAAACUCGGGUGGCGGCGUAUCUGGAAAUUCAAGUGCUGUUGCACCUUCGUCUGUGGGCUCGGCUGGCUCGACUGGCUCCAACACUACCUCUUCGCCUUCAAUCACGGCAUCCUCGACGCAAUCUGCAGCCUCGUACACCGGUGCAGCGUCUCAACAGGUCCCUGGGCUCGGCGCUUUGAUCGUCGCAGGUAUAGCUGCCGCGUUGUAA